AUGGUUCGUAGUAGAAGAAAUUCUUUGGUUCAAACAAUUGCGGUUCAACCGACUUUGUUGGAACCACAAGAGAAUAGUUUAUUAGAUGAUUCGUAUUUACUUGAAAAUUUACAGAAAUUGGCCACUGUUAUAAAUGGUACAACUGACAAAGAAAUUUUGUCACUUAACUCAAUUGUUAAAUCGUCAGUGGAGUCUCUGGAUUCAGUCACUACACCUGAUAAAUAUUCUCAAUACACUGAUUAUUUAACUCAAUUGGAUGAAAAUAUUAAAGACUAUGACAAUAUCUUAAAACAAACGCAUCGCAUUAGUAACCAAUUAGAAGAUUCAUUGUCUCAAUUUAACACAAUUUCUGAUCAAUCUUCAGGUUUUAUUAAGGAUACCCACACACUAUAUGAUUCACGUAAAGAAUUUGUUAAAUUAUCACAGGCUUUGCCCCAGUAUUUGACAUAUUUUGAUAAUCUAGCACCAAUUAUUCGUCGUCUUAAUCAUGCAAGUUCCCCAAAUAUUGUUCGUAAGGAAUCAUUUAAGACAAUGCUAUCAAAUAUUGAUAAAUCAUUGUUUUUCUUAGAGGAAAACCCAGAUAUUCUAGAGUCUGAGGCCUAUAGGAUCAAAUACAAACAAUGUUUGAUUAGAGCAUGUGAUUUGAUAUCGAAAUAUUCAAUAAAUAAUUUGAAACAAAUUCAAAGUGAGAUUACUCAAAAGGAUAUCAUGGCAAAUAAAAACACUAGGGAUGCUUUAAUCUACAAUAAAUUUUCAUCAAUUUCAGAUGAUUUCAAACAAAAUAUUUCUGCAUUAAUUGACAGAGCCACAGACGAAAAAUACAAAAGGUAUAAUAGCGAACUAACAUCGAUCCUGAAUGAUACUUUUGAACAAUAUUUUCAAAUUAGAUAUAAAUUUUUAAAUCAAAUCAUAUGGUUACAAGUAGAUGAUACCAUUAUUCGCGAUAAAAAAUUUAGUAUGAUCCAAUUUAUUCAAGAUAACAAGACAUAUUUCCAGCAGUUAUGUAAUAAAGAGUAUAAGUUGUUCAUGGAAUUUUUCCCUGAAGAUUCUAUCUGUAAAGAUAGGAUAAAUCAUUGGUUUAUUAAAUUGUGUGACCCAUUCUACGUUACCAUCGGUGUAAAAUGUGGUCGUGAAUCAGAUAUUGAUAUAUUGUGCGACUCAUUAAUACUUUUUGAGCCAUUUUAUCAGUUUGAAGAGGACUCUGAAGAGUAUGCAAAACAAUUUAAUGAAGUUCAAUUUGAUAAAAUCUUUUCGCCUGUUUUGACCAGAAUUCAGAAUAGGUUAAUCCAAACGGUUAAGAAUUAUAUUCACAGAACAAUCGUAAGUUAUAAACCGUCUGCUGAAGAUUUUAUGAUCUCUAAUAAGAAAUUAAAAUUACAAGAUGAUGAGGGAUUUGUGAAGACUUAUGUUAGCAACUUCAGGAAUGAUAAUACUGUGACAGCAACAACAACGUCAUCAUCUGAUAAAACAGAAAACAAUAAUGCGAUUAUUAUUUCGUCAUAUUAUAUCCCCCUAAUUAAAGGUUUGGCUCUCUUAUUUAAAAUUUUUGAAAUGGUUAACCCUUUGAUUUUUGAUCAAUUAGCUCAUCACACCGUUCAUUCUUGCAUCAGUUCUUUGAAAAAUGCUUAUACGAUCAUCACAAGGAAUGAGAGCCCAGAUACCUCUUUAGCCCACGACUUGGAUAUCAAAUUAUUCUAUCUCAGAAAUCUGUUAUUAUUACGAGAUGAGAUACAAGAGUUUAAUAUUAAAUACACUUUGAACACAAAAUCUUUAGAUUUCUCAGGUGUUGAAUCUUUUUUCAAAAAUUACAAAGCAGGUGAAAUGUCUCUAUUUUCAUUGGCUAAAGAUUUUGUUCCCAAGGUUGUGGAUAACAUGCUUGAUGCACGUACAGAAUUAGUUCAAGAAUUAAGAAUUUGUAUUAAAGAUUUUACCGAUGUUGCAAGUACGGAUAUAAUUGGUGAUUAUCUAAUGGUUACGACCCCAGAGAAGCUGACCACCGUUAAUACUAAUUUAACUAGUUGCAUUGAAAAUAGAAUUCCAAGAAUAUAUGAACAAAUAUGUCACUCUAUAGAGGAUAAAGAGAUAGCCCAGCAUUUGAUAGAAGCUAUUGAACAAUAUUGCAAUGAUCAAUACUCCGAGUUUCAUGAUAAAGUAGUCACUCUAGGUGAGCAAUCAAAGCUAUCUAGCGAUGACGUUCUUCAACUUGUUCCUCCCGAAGUUUUUAACCAAGCGUUUAAGACCUUAGUAAACCAGACAUUGAAGAAAUAA